GCCUUUAAAAGCAGCCGAGGCCGCCGGCUCCGGGCACUGCCGGCUGAGCCGAGCGGAGCCGUGCCAGCCCUCUGGCCGCCGAGCCGCCUCUCCCAUGCGCCUGCCGAGCAUGUCCCAGCCCUUCCUGCUGGCGCCCAUCGCCGAGUGCCCCCCGGGGCCGCCCGGCGCCCAGGUCCGCCUGGCCGUGCUGGGUGCCCGCGGCGUCGGCAAGAGCGCCAUGAUCGUGCGGUUCCUGACCAAGCGCUUCAUCGGCGACUACGAGCCCAACACAGGCAACCUCUACUCCCGGCUGGUCCAUCUGGACGGGGACCACGUUGCCGUAGAGAUCCAAGACACGCCGGGGUGCAUCCAGGUGCAGGAGGACUGCGUGCAGGUGCUGGACUCCCUGUCCAGGUGUGUGAAGUGGGCAGAGGGCUUCCUGCUGGUCUACUCCAUCACCGACUACAGCAGCUUCCAGUCAGUCCAGCCUCUCUACCAGCACAUACGCAAGGUGCACCCUGAUGCCAGGACUCCCAUCAUUAUUGUGGGGAACAAAGCAGACCUCCUGCAUGCCAGGCAAGUACAGGCAAAAGAGGGACUGCAGCUGGCAGAUGAACUGGGCAGCCUGUUCUUGGAAAUCUCCACCAGUGAGGACUCCCAAGGCGUCUGUGAUGUCUUCCAGUAUCUUUGCAAGGAGGUCAGCAAACUACAGCAUGCUGGCAGCACAGACAGGAGGCGGUCAUCCAUCAUCCCUCGGCCCAAAUCUCCCAACAUGCAAGAUCUAAAGAGACGUUUCAAACAGGCUUUAUCUUCCAAAGUCAAGUAAACCUCCCAAUGAGAUCCUGUGGGACUCAAUAGAAUUUAUUUUUGUAAACUAGUUAAUAAAAAUCUUUAUUUUUGUACUAAUGCCAGCAGUGUAGAAGUAAGUAUGUCAAAGCUUGCAAUUUUCAUGCUGUCCUCUCAUUCGACUGAUUGGGUUAUUUUGGGGGGG